AUGGAGAUUGUAUCAGCAUCGGAAACUGUCAUAGCUAAUCCUUCAGUGGAGUUGAAUGCUGGAUCAAAUAUUGUAACAUCUCCACUACUAUCAGAUACGUCAGUAGCGACCACAGGAAGGGUAUUUUCUAUGCAUCCCUCGGUUAAUUUCCUAACAGUUAACAAUCAAAAUGGGCAAUACCUUAUCCAGCAGCCCCUUAAAACUGUCAACAAUGCCUCAGACUUGAUGAAUAAUAGAACCUCCUUCUCCAACAAUCACAUUGUAUUGAAACAAAAACCUCUGACCGAAGCAAACGUGUCAACGGCAGCAACCCUGCUUGGGGACAAGGCUGCAGUUGAAAGGACAGCGAUCAAACGGCCUCUGCUAUCGUCGGGCAACAAUGUUAUCACUAAGGUGAUUUUUACCAAAGCCCCGCUGACUGGCCAGACGCAGGCAGUCCCAGUAGGGACUCAGCAGGUCUUCACCUUGACCUCGUUAUCAAGUGAUGCUGAUUUAAAAAUGGGAGGCCAGCAGCAGGUCUACACAAUGGCACCGACAUCUCAAAGUAACUUGUCUCCGGUGAAGAUCGGUGCUCCCUAUCACAAAAUGUCUACUUCGCCCACUGGUGUGACCAUGAUUCCUGUUUCGCGGUCACCGAACAAACAGACGUUAAGUUCAAACAUAACAAUUUUAUCUCAUGCCCUGAACACGAUAGCCUCCAACGGCAAUAAUCCAUUAAAUCCUGGCGCCACCUCCAAGGUAAUUAUCAAGCAAGGUCCAGCGCCAACAAGCCAGUCCUUCACCUUGAGGGGUCACACUAUGACCUCACAGUCUGCACAGCCAAUCAGAGCUCCCCAUUUAGUUCAAGGUGUCAGAGCUCCACAACUUUCUCACAGUGUUCAGGGUGUUGCCGUUAGCAACGCAGGGUCAGUCAGGCAGAUACAAGUCCCUGGCAGUCGAUUUCACUAUGUGCGCUUGGUUUCUUCUGCCAACAGCUGCGGCAGUGAAGCAUCUGUACUUGCAGCAAAAGCCACGGCCAAAGAAAACGUACAUGUUACCCAGGCCAACAGCAAUAGUUUUUCCUUGUCUGCGGCCCCAGUCUCCAGUGGGAACCAAGUCAAGAUAACUCUCCCGUAUCACCAGCAGAGGACACCUUUGGCACCCAAACCAGCCUCUGUACCUGUCAGCAUUAGUUCCCAGCAGGGCGUCCACCACAUCCUUCUCCCAGCCACCUCUACACCAGGCAGUGUCCGGGGCAACACAAUGAGCACUUUGGUUCCUAUUCAGCCGGCACCCUCUGCACCAAUAACAGCCAUACAGGGUAUGAGCCAGCUGCCCGCGGGGGCCACCAUCUUGUCUGCCGCAAACACCAACAUCCAGGGCAUGCAGAGCUUUGCACUUGUGCCCGCCUACAUUGCACAGAUCCAACACCAGCUCAACAAACCACAAGUGGCCCAGGGCUCAGCUUCUCCGCCACCAUCCAGACAGAGCAGAGAUUAUGUCCCCAUCGCAAGCAUAGAUCCAGUUGUCACACAGUACACAGUUUCCAGAAAUGUUCCCAGUCAGAACGGGCCAACAUUAGAAGCUACUGGCUCUAGACCCAGGAAACCAUGCAAUUGUACCAAAUCUCAGUGUCUGAAACUAUACUGUGACUGUUUUGCAAACGGAGAAUUUUGUCAAAACUGCAAUUGUACAAGCUGUGCCAAUAACCUGCAGCAUGAAGAAGAAAGGUCAAAGGCCAUAAAGUCAUGUCUGGAUCGGAAUCCACAAGCAUUUCAUCCUAAAAUAGGUAAAGGAAGAGAUGUUGAAGGAAGCAGGCGGCACAAUAAGGGCUGUAAUUGUAAACGAUCCGGCUGUCUCAAGAACUACUGUGAAUGCUAUGAGGCCAAAAUUAUGUGCUCCAAUUACUGCAAGUGCAUUGGGUGCAAAAACUUUGAGGAGAGCCCAGAUCGCAAAACACUGAUGCAUCUAGCAGACGCUGCAGACAUGCGGGUGCAGCAGCAGACGGCAGCCAAAACAAAACUGACGUCGCAGAUUUCUUGUGUUCCCACACGGCCCCCUGCCUCAACAACCAGCGGAGAGCGGUUGCCAUUUGCCCUGAUAACUGCAGAUGUGGCUGAAGCCACCUCGGCAUGUUUACUGGCACAGGCAGAGGAGGCAGAAAGGAUGAAGAUGCCCCCUGUUGUCCAAGAGAGGAUGAUCAUUGAAGAGUUUGGACGCUGUCUUACGCAGAUCAUAGAAUCUGCUAACAAAACACGAAGUAAGUUUAUGCAUAAAUAUAGCAUCAGCAUCAUAUGCCGUGCU